AUGGCCGCGAUGUUCAACAACAGUGAGUUUCGGGGCAGAAAUCGUAACAUCCUCAAACUUAUAUGGCAAUGUGCACCUUCUCAAGCGCAAGAAUUCAAGAUAGGACCUAUUGAUUGGCUCUCAGCUCUUACCUUCCUGCUUUUGCAUUCUUUAUAA